UUCAGUUCAGUUCGUCUACUUUGAUAAGAACUCCAUCAAAUAGCUUAGAAACGGCUAGUGACAACGACUGCAUGCAUAAGGUCACAAUUUUACGGAGUGUGUUCCAGUAAAAAUAGUUGUCAUUUGUUGGAGGAGGGCUGCAGCUGUCAGGAUAUCUAAGCAUCAGCACCUAAUUGCGGAACUGAAACUUGUAACAGCCAGCUCAGCAGCGAUACAUCCACGUAUUCCAUACGCUACAGUAGCUAGCAACUAGUCCUAGCCAGUGCAUCGAAAAAAUGGCAGACGAUUUUGGGUUUGAAUCUCCUGACAAUGGUGUUCACCUCGUUGAAGAAGAUCCCGCAGCAGCUUUUCUUGCUCAACAAGAAAGCGAAAUAGCUGGAAUCGAGAAUGACGCAGAAGAGGGAUUCGGGGAGCUGGAAGAGGCCGAACCGCCUCAGCAAGAACCAGAACCAGAAGAAGAGGAAGAAGAAGAAGCUGAAGCUGAGGCUGAAGCAGUGGAAGAAGAACAGUCUGCCCCUGAAAUACACUAUGAUGCCUUUGAGGACGCCCCACCCGCAGUAAACGGAGACAUGUUCCAGGAAACAAAUGGUCCCUCUGAAGGCUAUGCAGCCAUCGCCCAAGUUGACCAGUUGCGACAAGAACCUGAAAGUCUGCGCAAGUGGAGGGAGGAACAGAAGGAUCGGCUGGAGCAAUUGGAUGCAGCAUCCAAAGCUGCCGAGGCUGAAUGGAAAGAAAAGGCCAGGAAAGAGCUAGAGGACUGGCAUCACCAUCAAACAGAACAGCUGGAAAAGAACAAGGCCAACAACAGACUUUGUCCAAGUUUAGAACGGGCAUCUGAAGAGGCCUUCCUGAAGGAGUGUGGCGAGGAUAGCCCAGGCUCAGAGUGGGAGAAAGUGGCCCGACUUUGCGACUUCAACCCCAAAACCAACAAGACAUCCAAGGACGUGUCCCGCAUGCGCUCCGUCCUCAUUUCCCUCAAACAGACACCCCUGGUGCGCUAAAGCCUAGAGGCCAUUUUCUUUUCUGCGUGCGUGUGAGUGGUUGGCUGGUGAUGUCCCUUUGCCUCUGCUUUGUUGCACUUUAUUAUUUUUACAACUUGGUGGGAAUGCCGAUUUACAAUGUUCAUUUCAAAAAUAGCACAUUGUAUACUGUUUUAUGUCCACUCCUAAUAUAGCCUGUACCUCUCUCUGCCUUAUGAAGAUGCCUUUUCCCCCUUUUAUGAGGGUGUAUGUCUGUAAUAAUCAUGUAACCUAAAUGGGGCUUUGGUUAAGUCAUUGGUUGAAAGCCUUGAAGUUUGUGCUUGAUUCUGAAGGCAUAAUUUUCGGUUUUGUUUUCAUUUAAUGAAGGAGCCGUGGGCAUUAUAUACACGUUAUUAGAUCAUUUGGUGUUGUUUUCCACUAGCUUUGCUUAUAUUCUUUACAUGUGCAUCCAUUUCAAUUAGAUAGAAGUUGCUCCUAAAUGCAGGACAUGGAAACAUUUAACCCUUAAACAUUUGCUACUUUUAUAUCCUUGUCAGGUCAGUAUGAUGGGUGUUAAUGGCAUUGUACAGUUCAAGUUGUUUCACUGUUCAGUUUCCAAUCAGGCAGAUCACCUGUUUGUAGGUUAUGAAAACUUGUAACUUCUGUCCUAGUAAACUGCACUGCACUCCUCCUCAGCAGUAACAGCACUGAUCAUUACACACCAGAACACUAUCUUUGAGGCCUUCUGAUGCUCAGCUUUGAGUGAUUACUCGGACAAAAGAUGGUUUGCACAAGCUCCUCAGUUCAUUGACUGCCAAAGAACUUAUCUAAAUUACAUGCAUGACAGCACUGCAGGGAAUGUCUAAAAAUGAGGCCUUUGUCACAGUACCCAUAAUUGUGCUAUAUGGGCUACCAUUCUUACAAGGUGUUUUGUACCAAGAUGGAGCCACACAUUCACACGCCUCAUUUUCCCCUACCUACCCUCAUCUAUAUGCCUUUCAAGGAAUGUUACAGCUCUUGAUAGUUCCAUCAAAACACAAAUGAUUCAAUAAAGCAUUGGUCGAACUAA